AUGUGGCCCUCGACCAAGCUCUUCGCCAAGCGCAGCCAGACGCCCGCGGCCUGCGAGCUUGACACAAAAGCGCAGUUGCGCCUCCUGAUGCGGCCGCCCCCGCCCCCACGGGCGCGCGGUCUCGCCGCCCUCCGCGCCGCCUUCAGCGUCUUUGCCGCCCGGGCCCCCGUGCUGCGCGCCGGCAGCGCCGUCGACGGCGGCGCGCCCGCGUGGGUGCAGCAGAGCGCGAUGAUGGCAUCCAGCCCCUCAUCCCUGGGCAUGGCCCUGCGCCCCGUCCUGGGCAUCAAGCUGCGGCUGCACGAAUCCAUGCUGCGUCAGCGCGGCGGCCAUGCGGCGGCGCUGACCCCGGAGGCGGCCGAGGCGGAGUGGGGCGCGGCGCUGGAGCCUGCGUGGGAGGAGGAGGUGGGCGACAGGUUUUAUGGACGGCACGACCAGUGGCGCGCCCAGGUGGAGAUGGCGGCGUUCGAGAUGGUGGAGUGGUGA